AUGGCGUUUCCCUCCCUUUCAGUGGUUCUCGCAGUUCUGGCCAUCGCGGGGUCGACAUAUCUCUACCACCGACGCAAGUUCUCCAGACUACCUACUUUGGUCGACGGAGAGAAGGUUAUCAAGGCUCUUCGAAAGGCGACUUCGGAGAAACGGGGAUCUUGGGAGGUAUUCGAUGCCCUAGCCAAACGCCAUGGUCCUAUCUUCUCCUUCAACCUGCGUGGAACUCCAGUCGUCGUGCUGAGCUCUGCGUCACUCGGCUGGCAACUGCUAGAGAAGCGCGGAGAAAGCUACUCCAACCGCCCCCGUCUUGUCACUGCACACGAGAUCUUGUCCGGCGGAUUGAGAGGCCUCAGCUCAUCGUAUAAUGAACAUUGGAAGAAGUGGCGGAAGGUACAACACGACGGGAUGAGUGCUCGCCAAGCGCUCGUAUACCGAGAUCACCAGACUCUCGAGGCCGCUAUCCUUCUGCGGGAUCUCGCGCGCGACACUAGCCAGUACCGUGAGGCAAUUCUGAGGUUCGCCGCGUCCGUGGUACUCUCAAUCUCAUACGGUCGGCGCGUGAGCAGCAUCGAGGACCAUGUCGUGGCUUACCAAGUUAAGACCGCCCAAGUCUUCUUGCAGGCUACUAUUCCCGGGAAGAACAUAGUUGACAUGUUUCCUGCUCUCUUACGAUUGCCUCGUGCCUUGCAGUGGUUCCGUUGGAAAUACGACGCCAUGUUCGCCGAUGACGUGCAGUUCUACCAGUCAAUGGUAGACGACGUCCGACAGAGGAUAUCUGCUGGUACUCAUAAGGAGAGCAUGACAUCUCGAGCCCUUGCUGACACAGAUAGUGGCUUAACGCAAACGGAGUUAUCAUACUUCGUUGCCGCGCCUUUCGGGGCUGGACUUCACACCACUGCUGGAAGCAUUCAAUACGCAAUCUUCGCAGCGUUGCUAUACCCAGAGUCCGCGCGCAAAGCGCAACAAGAGCUCGACGAGGUGAUCGGCAAAGAUCGUCUACCCACGUUCGCAGACCUGGGAUCUUUGCCGUAUGUCUGUGCAUGGAUCAAGGAGGUUGAGCGUUGGCGCCCCAUUGCCCCGCUUGCGGUCCCUCACGCUACAUCGCGCGACGAUGUUUUCGAAGGAUCCUUCAUACCAAAGGGUACUACGGUCUAUGCGAACAUCUACACGAUGAUGCAGGAUAGCGAGCUGUUCCCCGAUCCAGACGUAUUUCGACCUGAGCGCUUCUUGCCCGCGGGGGAUCUUCCCCUGGAUCCCCGCUUGCGCGAUUUCACGUUGCCAUUUGGUUUUGGACGUCGCCUUUGUCCAGGGAUGCAUGUCGCGUCGCAGUCACUGUUCAUAGUCAUAAGUCGUUUGCUGUGGGCAUUCGAUGUUUUGCCUUUCCCUGGCGCUCCUCCUCCCGACUCGCACGAAUGCAUCAGCGAUGGGCUGUCCAGAGCUCCGCCCAUCUUCAAGUUUGUUCUGCAACCUCGUACGCCAGAGACUAUCUCCAUCCUCGAGAUGGAGGCCUCGGACGCCGACAUACGCGUGAAGGAGUGGGAAUGA